GGUCGGAAAUUACAACAAACAAAACUGGUUAAAAAUUGGUCAGUAAUUUGUGAUUAAAUUUUGACCAAUUUACGAUCGUCAGAAAUUUGUGCCCAAUUUUGACCACUUUACGAGAAAAUAUAUACACGAUCAAUUACAGCGUAAAUUAAUUCGCUAGGUUAGAGUUAAUUUGGUCUGCAUAGUUAUUUAUGUUCCCAUGUGCCAAAUGAAUUUAACUGAGUGUCAGUAAAUUGUAACUGCCGAAGCCUUUGUUGAAGCAAUUUGAAAAAAGAUUCAAUAUGGUGAAAAAAGUUAUAUGAGUAAAAGUAACUAGUUGAAGCAAUUUGCAUAGAACACUCUCUCUAUAUAAACAUAUAUUAAUCGAGAGAGGGUUCUAAUCAAACCAACAAAACAUAUACUUAAUAUUUUUUUCUUAAGAAAGAGAGAAUGUUAACGCACAAAUCUGGGAAGCUUGAGAUACAAUCUCCAGCAGACGAAUUCAUCAAAUAUUUUAUCAGAAAGAAAAGUCAUGUUUCAUUCUUUUAUGCUGCUGAGGACUUGAGGUUCGAAAUUUUGUCGGAGGAUGUUGCGAGCAGAACCGUUACCGUGACCAUACUUGGGACCUUAAUUUCAAAAAGCUACAAAAUGGUCACUGCAACAUUCACCGUCGCUCCUAGGGAGGAAGACAUUACAAAAAGCUGCCUGGAGUACACCUUCGAGUUCGACGACAUUAACAAUUACAUCGGAAAAACAGUGAUCGUCGAAUCUCUACUCACGUACAUCUUAAUAAGCGAUGGCAAUAAUAUUAAAGGUGAUAAUUUUAAGUACAACUCCUUCGACGCUGGGUAUCCGGCGGAAGAAUGCUUUAAACGUUACGUCAACGAAUUUAGCGAUGAUGAUGACGUGCGCAUGGAGAACGCGAAAAAGCAGAAAAGGAUAUUUACGGUGAGUUUCAGGAACGCUCCUAACUUGGCGGACGAUAUGUACGAUGAUGAUGAAAGUAUUUUCCAGAUGAUGGAAGUAACCGUCACUAUCACUCCUAAGAAAGGUGAUAACAACCGUAGCUGCGUGAAAUGGACCAUCAAGGUCGAGAAGGUUGAUGAUAACAAGGAAGAAUCAGGAAUCUUUCUCAUAACAGCCGAUCAUAUCCGUGAGACUAUUAUGUUUGCAAUUAAGACUCUUUAAAACAUGUUAUAGAUCGAAAGGUUCAUCUACAUAUAGGACCGUCUAAAUAAGUGGCACGUAUAUCUAUUGAUAUGUCUAUGUUGCAUGAAUUUCUUAUAACAGUUUGUAUUUGGGGAUGGAUGACCACGUACGCUCGAUGAAUAUAUCGAUAUUUGCAUA